AAAAAAAACGCACCGUUUUACGCUUUAAGGGUAAUGGCCUUUUCACAGCCCGGCUUCUGGUCCAAGUAGAAUCGCAUGAAAAUAUUGAAAAACCAGAAGCGAGAAAAUCCCCGCUCAUCGAGAAUUUUUGCGAUCUAAUCUGUUAAGGGUUUUCACUUUUCAUCUGGAGGCAUCGGCAUCAGAUCUUUCAGCCAGUUAAAUGGCGCCACCUCCAGGUCCUUACUCCGGCAUCAGCACUCUUGCUUUGGUGGCUCGAGCAUCAGCAUUCAGUUUAGGUCUGGUUUAUGGAAGUGUGAAGCUGAAGAUUCUCAAGAUGAAGACAAAGUCGCAUAAGAAGUCUGAAGCUAAGACACAUCACUGAGUUGCGGAUCUGCUGGUCUUGGGUUGAAAUAAAAAGUUUGAGUAUUUUGAAUCGUUCCUAUCAUUUUAAUCCUUUGCAAAGAUGGUGCUUGAUUCAGAGUAUUGUGAACAUUUUGAAUUUUGUUUCAUCUUCAGAAUCAUUAGAAUGGUAGAUUUGAGAAUUUAAUA